UUCUCGCGGGAAAAUCUCAAACAAACAAACGCGCGGAGACAUGGCGUCGCAGCAGAAACAGCCUCGCUAUCGUACGCGAGCGGUGGCGGGGAGGGAGCCGUGCAGAGGUCCAGAAGUAUGGACGCCGGACCUGGUCGAGAGGAUCGCGGCCUUCCUGCCGCGCAACGAGGUCGCUGUGACGCUGCGGCUGGUCAACAUGGCCACUGCAGCACUUCUUAGUACAUUCAAAGCGGUCCGGGUGGCUGAACCGCUGCCAGCGUACUGCUAUGAGCAUUCAGAGCAGUAUCCGCCCUUGCGGGACGUCUUCCGUGGCUCCGCCAAGCGCCGGAAGCAGCUGGUCCGUGCGGCAGCUCGCAGUGGCAGCCUUGAGGUCGUAGAUGUUGCCCUAGAGGCAUCGGGGCUGAGCCCUGGGGGCUGGCUGUUUGCCGCCGCGGCCGGCGGCAAGGGGGCCCAUGGCGCGGCGUUGGCCCUGUGCAAGCGCCUGCUCGCCAUGGGCUGCCCUUCUGAGGACAGCCAAUCCGGGGGGCACGAUCGCUUCCCGACAGCGCUAGAGGAGGCGGCUGCGGCCGGGAAUGCCGACGUGUGCGCCUGGCUGCUUGCGGGCGGGCGGCAGCUCUGCCAGUGGGACAAAGGCGCAGUCUACGCCGCUGCGCGGAGCGGGCACGCGGGGCUCGUGUUCUGGCUGCAGUCACAUCCAAUGGCCUCGGCGCAGGCCAAACGCUCUUUCUGCGUCGACCAGUUGCUGACAGCAGCGGCGCACGGCUGCAAGCUGCCCGACCUCCAGCGCAUCUACCAGCAUUGGUUGGGUGGGCGGCCGCCGCGGCCGCCGCACCUACCUGGUCAGCAGGCGCUUCCAGACCUCAGCUUUGGAACCUUCGCACCUGGUUACUUUGAACGCCGACCCGACGGCUUCGUCUGUGACCACCGAGAUUACACAUUUUCAAACAUUCUCGCUGCCGCGGCAGGCAGCCCCACAGCCUGCUGGCUGGAAAAGUUGGAUGGGCUGAUGCGCUGGCACUGCGGCGAAGGCACCGACCAGCUGCUGGGCAGCUGCCGCAAUGAGCUGUGCAGGAUAUUCCGAGGCGCCAUGUCGCGGCCGGACGGCGUGAGCCGCGUGCGGCUGCUGUGGGAGGAGCGCGGCUGGCGGCCGGGAGAUGGACUGACUGCUGCUGUCGGCGAAGCAGCGACUCGUUGCGACGCCGCUGCAGUCGCAUUCCUGUUUGAGGAGCUUGGCGCCGAGAUGCAGGCUGACGACAUGUACGGCUUAUCGUACCCGCCUCUGACCGGCCCCAUCCAGGCCGGUGACCUGCGGUUCCUGCAGCUGAUGCUGCGCACCUACCGCGUCCGCUGCCGCAGCAAGCGCUUCUACUGCCUGGUGCUGUGUGCCGCGGAGGCAGGGCACCUCGCCAUCCUCCGCUGGCUGUUCGAGUGGGCGGCCGAGCGGGAGCGGGUCCAGGGGAACGACGUGCCUCGGCACUACUACAUCGAGGACGCGCUGCAGAACGGGCUGCGGCGGGCCAUCCGCAACGGGCAUGCGGCGGCGGUGCGCUUCCUGCUAGGGCAGGGGGCGCGGCUGGAGCCGGGGCCGCCCUGGUGGCUGGAGGCAGCGAGGUCGGGGAGCGUGGAGACGCUGCGCGUGCUGGCGGAAUCAGGGUACGCCCCAAACGCGGCGUGCGUGUAUGAGGCUGCGCUGGAGGCAGGCGACCGUCGGGUGCUGCGAGAGGUGGCGCGCCUGGGCUUCACCGGCUGCGACGCGGCGGCGGGCCUGACGGCGCUGCUGGGGGAGCCUGACGUGCCGCUGAGCGAGCUGCGCUGGCUGCUGGAGGGAGGGAGUGCUGGCGGAGGAGCUGGAGCUGGCGGCAGUGGUGGUGGUGCUGGAGGCGGUGGUGCUGGAGCUGCGAGUGCAUGGGCGGCUGGGCGGGCGGGUGGCCGCGGGAAAGCAGGGAAGAAGGAGGAGGAGAAGCGGGCCGGGCCAGGGGCUGCAGCAGCUGGGGUAGCGGGCGCGGCUGAGGGUGCGUCCGGGGGUGGGGCGGGUGAGGGCCCGGCGGCUGAGGCGCUGCGGUAUGAAGGGGAGUGGCAGCGGGCGGUGGCGGCGGUGCGGCAGCGGGGUCGGGGUCGGGAGGUGCGGGAGGUGUGCGCCUGGCUGGAGGGCUGGCGGCAGUCACAGCAGGGCCGCAUGUGGCCGGGCCACAAGCCGGACUGCGUUGAGAUUGAAUGAGUCGGCUGCCUGCAUGACGGACGCACCAAUGCCCAGUGUUGUUCGAUGACAAUGUCAUAUUGCUGCCAGGCUGGAUGUUGCCGUUGGCAUUGGGUGCGGUUGAGGGCGCCUGGGUGAAUUGCUGUUGGCGUGCCCCGGCCCCCGCAGAGGGGGGGUCGACGCCAAGUUAUAAAUAUGCGACUUUCUUGUUUCUGCAUGCGAGGAAGGUUGCGGGGCUUACGCGAAGGACAGGGGGACAGGCUGCUGAGCUUGGAGUAUCCAACUAGCAUGGCGGGAAGAGGAGGCGGCUCCAGGUCGCAGCGCGAGGAUCAUCGCUGCUCGGUGCCUGUGCAUGGCGCUACGGCUGUAGUUCUUGGGCGGGCGGCUAGUGUGAAUCGCUUUCGGUAGAGAGGGGCGCGUGCAACGGUUGGCUGCAGGUAGAGGUCGCGACCGCCGACCCUUCGAUCUCGACAAUAAGCUGAUGUCGUGACAGACUUCCUGGAUUAUUAGGGUGCCUCACUGUGGUGCGGCGCUGCCGUGUUCGGACCCGUGUCCCAUUCACAACACUUUGACUACAUACCUUCUAUGAGAGCUGCUUUGUUUGAUAUGUACAGAUUCCCGAUUACAAACUUGGUUAGACCAACUACACAGUGUGACUUUGCACACUAGUUUGAAGGAGUUUCAUGCACGUACCGUUGACCAAAGGAAUCAGUGCUGGUACGCACAACAUCGCAAAUGAGCGACUACUGCGACCUGCUAAAGAGCGAUUCCGGGGAGGAGGACGGUGUUCCAGACGUACAAAUGGAUGCUGAUGAGGGUGACCGGUGCAUGAAGUUGGCGUGUCGGGGGAAGCGGCGGGUUAAUGACGAGUGUUGUGGAAACGAAUGCGUACGUAGACCAGAGCGGAUGGCGGAGUGGGCUUGCAGGCGGCACGAGAGUAGGCAGUCAGUAGCGCAGGGUAGCGCAAGUUGCGAAUUCACAUGUUACCUCGUAACCGACGGUAAACGCGGUGGACGGUCGCGCCCAUGGCUGGCUGACGGAGAACGGCUGCUGUAUUGGGAUGGCUGGGCUGGACGACGGCGGCCGGGCGUUGCUUGGGACUACCAGAAAGGAUGCGCCCGAAACCAACCUGGAGAACACCAGCGCCACCGGUGCCCAGCACGACAUGUAUGGCGCCCGUCUGGGGUGUGUGCCGGUUGGCAUGGGGGUUGCAUGGGCGUGCCCGGUACGGACGCGGUCGCUGAGGAUAAAGGCUGGGCGAGAGCGGCUUGCAGCCGUCUCUCGACCUGAUCUUAGGCGUGUAGUCUAUGACCAACCCAUACGAGGGACCCGGCCACCGGACAUUAAACACUGAUUCUUUCGCUGCACGAGUGUAAGCCGAUGUUCAG